AUCGGCCCCCGGGUCCCAGUACCUCGCAACCUCUCUCAGCUUGCCUCAGCAUCUCUUCUCUCGCCUCUCCGGAAAAAAAACAACCGACACCACCAGAAAAUGGCCUUCUCCGGAAAAUGGGAACUUGAGUCCCAGGAGGGAUACGAUGCAUUCUGCAAGUUGGUUGGUAUUCCUGACGACAUCAUCCAGAAGGGCCGCGACUUCAAGACGGUGACUGAGGUCGUCCAGAGCGGGAAUGACUUCACCUGGACGCAGCAUUACCCUUCCAACGCCAAGGUCACCAACAACUUUACCAUUGGCAAGGAGUGCGACAUGCACACCAUCGGAGGAAAGAGCUUCAAGGCCACCGUGAACAUGGAUGGAGGCAAGCUGACCGUGAGCUUCCCCAACUACCACCAAGUCAAUGAGGUCAGCGGGGACAAGCUCAUCGAGACCUCCACCGCUGGCUCUGUGGUCCUGAAGAGAAUCAGCAAGAAGAUCUGAACCCCAACCGACUUAACAUUUAGUACAGUUGAGAUGGAGCUGAAAGCUGUCAAAACGAGCAAUAAAUUAAGAGUCUUAAGA